AUGACCUUAGUGGGUACGACGGAGGGGAACGUAUUACCCAUCAUGUUGAGCGUACAGCAACAGCAUCAUCACCAUAAUCUUCAUGGUUCUACGACCAGUGCUCAAACUCAUCGCGGCAAUGUGAUUGUUUCAACGAGCAGUAUGCCGACAAAUGACAUCAAGAUCCAGCAGCACGGUUGCAAACGAUCGAAGAUCUACAGCCAAGCGACCGGACCUUACGGCACGGUUCCUCAUCAACCAGCUUCGGUGGCCAGGCGAAACGCGAGGGAACGGAAUCGUGUGAAGCAGGUGAACAACGGAUUCGCCACGUUAAGGCAACACAUACCCCAGAGUGUGGCACAAGCCCUCGGAGGAAGUACAGCUGGCACACACGGUGGAUCUAGGGCUGGCAGUAAAAAGCUGUCGAAGGUUGAGACGCUCAGGAUGGCGGUCGAGUACAUCAGGAGUCUACAGCGACUUCUCGAGGAACACGACAGUGGUUCGGAUUUGGCCAGCGUAUCCUCGCCGACCUCGUCACCACCAUCUUCCACGUCCUCGGCUUCGUCCACGUGUAGUUCCAACACCGGCCUCGGUGUCGACGCCAAUCACCAUUCGGCCGAGUUAAGACUCCGUGGCAAUGUCAACAAUGAUAUUCGACAUCACAACAACUCCGACUUGCAUCGGCAUCAACAUAUCAGACAAAACCCUAGCCCAACGUUCGUGCCAGCACCCUGUUCCGAGGCGUCUAGUUCCCCAACGCCGAGCUUUGUCUCUGAAGCAUCAUCGGCUGGCAGUCAAGGAUACGGAACAUCGGGAACCCUUUAUACCACGCAUUCCGAUGGUUACGAUAAUUACGAGCCAAUGAGCCCAGAAGACGAAGAACUGUUGGACGUCAUCUCUUGGUGGCAACAAAGUCAAUGA